AUGGGAACUCAAGCAACAGGAACUCAAGCAGCAGAAGCUCAAGUAACGGGAAUUCAAGCAUUGGGAACUCAAUCAACAGGGACUCAAGCAACAGAAACUCGAGCAAUGGGAACUCAAGCAACAGGAACUCAAGCAGCAGAAGCUCAAGUAACGGGAAUUCAAGCAAUGGGAACUCAAUCAACAGGGACUCAAGCAACAGAAACUGGAGCAAUGGGAACUCAAGCAACAGAAACUCAAGCAGCAGAAGCUCAAGUAACGGGAAUUCAAGCAAUGGGAACUCAAUCACCAGGGACUCAAGCAACAAAAACUCGAGCAAUGGGAACUCAAACAACAGAAACUCAAGCAACAGAAGCUCAAGUAACGGGAAUUCAAGCAAUGGGAACUCAAUCAACAGGGACUCAAGCAACAGAAACUCGAUCAAUGGGAACUCAAGCAACAGAGACUCAAGCAACAGAAACUCAGGCAAUGUUAAAUCAAGCAAUGUUAACUCAAGCAAUGGGAACUCGAGCAACAGAAACUCAUGCAACAGAAGCUCAAGUAACGGGAAUUCAAGCAAUGGGAACUCAAUCAACAGGAACUCAAGCAACAGAAACUCGAGCAAUGGGAACUCAAGCAACAGACACUCAAGCAACAGAAACUCAGGCAAUGUUAACUCAAGCAAUGUUAUCUCAAGCAAUGGGAACUCGAGCCACAGAAACUCAAGCAACAGAGGUUCAAGUAACGGGAAUUCAAGCAAUGGGAACUCAAUCAACAGGGACUCAAGCAACAGAAACUCGAGCAAUGGGAACUCAAGCAACAGAAACUCAAGCAGCAGAAGCUCAAGUAACGGGAAUUCAAGCAAUGGGAACUCAAUCAACAGGUACUCAAGCAACAGAAACUCAGGCAAUGGGAACUCAAGCAACAGAAACUCAAGCAGUAGAAGCUCAAGUAACGGGAAUUCAAGCAAUGGGAACUCAAUCAACAAGGACUCAAGCAACAGAAACUCGAGCAAUGGGAACUCAAGCAACAGGCACUCAAGCAACAGAAACUCAGGCAAUGUUAACUCAAGCAAUGUUAACUCAAGCAAUGGGAACUCGAGCAACAGAAACUCAAGCAACAGAAGCUCAAGUAACGGGAAUUCAAGCAAUGUGA